AUGAAGCAGCAACUACUAGCCCAGGCAGCAUUAAUUGACAUGUUGUUGAAAGGGCAAGUCCUUGGGAGGACUUUGGGUGAGAUUAGCCGUAGUCAGAAAGAUAGCUGCACAGUCCCCUCAGAAAAACUACUUGAGGGCGUGUGUACAACAUUCUCAGGGACACAAUCCAUAAUCAUCCCCUCACCCAACUAUGUUAGAGUUUCUCUACUUGUUGCCAUCGACCCCAACUAUCCAUUGCCUGUUCCUACUGAUGAGGCACAGAUGGUAGGGGAAGCAGUAGGGAGCUUCGUUGCAUGGCCUAGCCACCUUGUAAUAGUGGUAACACCAAACCUGGCAAAGGACCCAUUGCCUCCAAAGAAAAAGCUGAAAGGAAAGAGCAAGCUAAAAGGUAAGUCAGGCCAUACCAAAGAGUCAGCCAUAGUUUCGCAAUAUCCAGCAGCACCGGUGCCAACUGUAGAAUACAAAUAUCGUGCCUCUCUUAAGACAUAUGCGAUGGCUACGAGGAUAGCUCGUCAAGUUGCGAUUGGAGAUAUCAUUAGUUUUGAUGAUGGGCUGUAUGGAAGACCGGGCUUGUUUGAAGUUGUUCGGGAUGAAAUUUUGAAUGAAAUUCUCAAGCACGAAAUGGCCAGUACUAGUCUGAUGAGCUUCUACAUGAGCCACCUUUAUACCUCAUUUGUGAUUCUUGGCGGCCUUGAGUCGAGAUUCAAGCUGAUUAAUCCCCACGAUGCCUCUGCCUAUAAUGGAAUUACAAAAGAAGCUCUUGAAGAUCAGGCAAGGCAGCUUUCAAAUCAAUUUAAGGAUAGGGGAGCAAGCAAUGAUACUUUAUAUCUUGCUCCUUACUGUCAAGGAACUGUGGUCUUGUAUCGAACUGCGACCAACAAGACCUUGUCCCCUAGCUUAAGGGUAUUGGACUCUUGUGAGAUAUGGGUCAUAGUUAAGUGUCCACUCCAGCCAGAUCAGAGUAAUGACUGUGGCUAUUGCUUGAUGAGAUUCUUGAAGGACAUUAUCACCCAUACCCUUACCACAUUACCCAACGAGUACUUCGAGGAUGCCUACUGUAUUCAGUAUGCAGCUGCACAUAUAGAGGAAACCCUUGAAGAGGUAGCUCAGGCUGUGUUUAACAUGUGGAUAACAGCAAUGGUUAGGCCUAAUUAG